GCGUUGUUUGGGAGGAGACCAUAAUAUUGCUACCCUCUCAAGUUCGUUUUAUCUUUUUAUCCGCGACGGUUCCCAAUGCCAUGGAGUUCGCGGAAUGGAUUUGCAAAAUUCAUGCGCAGCCUUGUCAUGUUGUUUAUACUAAUUUCCGUCCUACACCACUGCAACAUUAUAUAUAUCCUUGUGGAGGCGAUGGCAUUUUUAUGGUAGUCGACGAGAUGGGGGUGUUUAAAGAUGAAAACUUUUUGGCAGCAACCCAGUUAUUGAUUCCAGAAUCCAGCGUGGAAUACAGUAAAAAAUCGUUGGUGGUGGAUAAUAGACGCAGAUCUGGGCCUUCUGAUAUCGUCAAAAUAGUAUCCAUGAUAAUGCAAAGUGAUCAUCAGCCCGUGAUUAUAUUUUCUUUUGGAAAAAGGGAGUGCGAAAACCUAGCUCGUCAAUUGAAAGAUAUUGAUUUGAAUAGCGAUGACGAAAAAGAACUGGUCCAAAGGGUUUUUAAUAACGCGAUCGAAGUGUUAGACGCGGAGGAUAGGCAGUUACCACAGAUUAACGCUUUGCUUCCGUUUUUGCUACGUGGAAUAGCAAUUCAUAAUUCGGGGUUAUUGCCAAUAAUGAAAGAAACCGUUGAGUUGCUCUUCCAAGAGAGUUUAAUUAAAGUGUUAUUUGCCACAGAAACAUUUGCUAUGGGACUCAACAUGCCGGCUCGUACAGUCGUGUUCUCAGAUGUAAAGAAGUUUGAUGGGAGUGUUCUCAGAUAUGUAUGUAAGAAUGUGAUCGCGUUUGCAGUUAGC